UCUGCUAUCGCUGCACUGUCAAAGCGAUCUUGGAUACAUGUGUCCUGCAGCCGACACGUUGUAAACUUUUUUUAUCAUUAAGUAUAAUCAUGUCGUAUUUAACAGGAGGCAGAUUGAACGUCGGACUCAUCCAGGAACAGGCAAGGAAGCGACUACUUUGCUUGUUGGAAAAGUGCGAUGGUCCAAAGGCUAUCAUAUGGGACCAGUCAUUGGCCGGACCCAUUGGUCUGGUCGCUAAAUAUAAUUUAUUGGAAGAGUACGGUGUUGUGAAAAUGUAUCCAUUAUGUGGUGGAACUUUGACGAUACCGUCGAACAUUGCUAAUAUCAUAUUUAUCUCGAGACCGCAGUUAGAGCUCAUGGACCUGAUUGCCGAGAAUGUUCAUGGGGAAGAAGGCAAGAGACCACGUAAAGAAUUUCACUUAUUCUUUGUUCCACGCAAGAGUUUGCUUUGUCAGAAAAAACUCCAAAAUCGUGGUGUCUUUGGAAGCUUUACUCUAAUAGAAGAAUUCAAAUGUGAUCUCUUUCCAUUUGAUAAUGAUUUGUUGUCAAUGGAACUGAGUGGAUCCUUUAAAGAAUUUCAUUUGGAAAACGAUCCCACUUGUCUGUAUCAAGUCGCGCAAGCCAUACAAGGUUUGCAAAAAUUAUAUGGCAAAAUCACAAAAGUCACGGGAAGAGGACCAGCGGCCAGUAAAGUUUGGGAAUUGUUGGAAAGAUUAAAUAGAGAGGAGGAAGAUAAUAAAUCAUUUCCUAUUUCAUCUGUUACCAUUGAACAUUUAUUAUUAUUGGAUCGAACUGUAGAUUUACUUUCACCCUUAGUUACACAAUUUUCACACAAAGUAUUAACAUAAGUAUUUUUUUAUCUAACUUUAGAUACUGUGCAUUUACCCGCAAGAAAAUUCCAUGAUUCUGAUGAUUCUCCUACAGCAAUGUCUUUGAACGAAAAGGAACAAAUUAUAUUGAAUUCGGGAGAAGAACUCUUUGCUGAGAUUAGGGAUAAAAAUUUUAACGGUGUUGGUCCAAUUCUUAGUAAGAAAGCUAAAGUCAUUUCAUCUCAGUUUGAUGAAAGACAUGGAGACAAAAGUGUACAAGAAAUUAAACAAUUUGUUGCAAGAUUACCACACAUGCUGGCCACAAAACAAUCUUUAGCAAGACACACUACAAUCGCGGAAAUGAUAAAAGAAAUAACUGAUUCGAGCAAUUUCCUAGAAUCAUUGAGUGUCGAGCAAGAACUAUUAUAUUGUAUUGAUACAGAUAAACCAAAUACAUACAUUGAGGAUAUGAUAGCACAGCAACAACCAUUACUCAAAGUUUUACGUCUCCUUUGCAUACAAUCGUUAACAAAUUCUGGUUUGAAACCAAAACUAUUAAAUUAUUAUAAAGAAAUAAUUGACACUUAUGGAUUUCAACAUUUGCCAACUAUAUUAAACUUGGAAAAAGCUGGAUUAUUAAAACAACAACAAUCAGUGCGUCAAUAUACUGUUUUAAGGAAAGCAUUAAGACUUACUGUCGAGGACGAGAAUGAAAUAACACCAAAAGACAUCAGUUACGUACAUUCUAUAUAUGCACCACUAAGCGUGAGACUGGCAGAGCAACUAGUACAACCAAACGGUUGGCAAGGAUUGAACGACGUAAUGGAAUUAUUGCCAGGACCUACAGUAAGCAAUGUCCCGUAUAAUGUAUCUUCAUCGGCAAGACGUAAUUCUAUUACUAGCGAAGAUUCUAGUUCGGAAUCACCGAAAUUGAUUCUGGUAUUUUUUAUUGGAGGGUGUACUUUUGCCGAAAUAUCUGCUCUUCGAUUUCUAUCGCAACAAGAAGACUUAAAUGUUGAAUUUGUCGUGGGAACUACUAGUUUAAUCAAUGGCAAUACAUUUCUUAUUUCUUUGAUGGAAGAUUUAGAACACAAGUGAAAAAAAAAAAA